AUGGCUUUGAUCAAGAGCAAAUCCUUCUUCACGUCCUUGCUGAUUCUUGUGGCACUCAUCGGAGCUGCCGUUGGAGGAACCGUUCACAAAGUUGGCGACUCUAAGGGAUGGACGAUGAUGGGUGCGGAUUACGAGGCUUGGGCUUCUUCGAGAAUGUUUAAAGUCGGAGACUCUUUGCUCUUCAAAUACAACAAGGAGUACCACAGCGUCAAUGAAGUCACUUCUAAUGAUUUCGAGAUCUGUGAACCGUCUAGCCCUCUAGCGAGACACGAAACCGGUUAUGACACGGUCCGUCUAACCAAACCGGGAAUCCACAACUUUAUCUGCGGAUAUCCUGAACACUGCGAGGUAGGUCAAAAGCUUCAAAUCCUCGUCUUACCAGCAUCGUUGGGUCCAGUUGCAGCUCCCGUUCCCGGACCGGUCCGAUCAAGAAGCUCGUCCUCGUCUCCUGCACCGUCUCCGUUUGCUGAUUCACCGGUUAACAAUGGUACACAUAAUCAGAUGGGACCAUCACCAGCAUCACCAGCUCCCGUUCCUAGAUUGGUCGGAUCAAGAAGCUCGUCCUCGUCUCCUUCACCGUCUCCGUUAGCUGAUGCACCGGUUAACACUGGUCCACAUUACCAGAUGGGACCAUCACCAGCUCCCGUUCCUAGAUCGGUCCGACCAAGAAGCUCGUCCUCGUCUCCUUCACCGUCUCCUUUGGCUUAUGCACCAGUUAACAAUGGGCCACAGUACCAGAUGGGACCAUCACCAUCACCAGCUCCACAAAGCGCAGCUUCAAACUCUAGUGUUUGGAUCGGAUCCUGCUUCCUGGCUUCUUUACUUUCUCUUUUCAUCUUAGUUUGA